AAACGCCAUGGGAAAAGAAAAACAAAGAGACUUUUUAUUUUAUUUAUAAGUCUUUCUAUAAAAAAAAUUAAAAGGUCCAAGCUUUGGUUCUAAUCUAAUUUCUAAAUGGCAAAACGCUGACGCAAAGAAACAUUACCACCAAACAAGCAAACAAUCCCCCACACAAGAAAUCAAAGUGAGAAUAAGGAAAACCCACUCCCCAAAUUAUCUCUAUUUCUCUCCUCAAAUUCUCAAUCUUCGCAUUGCGUGGGCUUUGAUUCUCUUUCGAUACUGGGUUUUGACAGGAAAUUUUGAGGAUAAAGGACUUGAGUGAAGGGGGAUUAGGACAUCAGACAUGGCUGGUAAUGCUGCGGCCUGUGCAGAGAGGGCAACAAGUGAUAUGUUGAUUGGUCCAGACUGGGCAAUAAACAUUGAAUUAUGCGAUAUUAUUAACAUGGAGCCUGGGCAAGCAAAAGAUGCCUUGAAGAUACUCAAAAAGCGCCUGGGCAGUAAAAAUCCGAAAAUACAACUUCUGGCUCUUUUUGCAUUGGAGACUGUGAGCAAGAAUUGUGGUGAGAAUGUUUUUCAGCAGAUCGUUGAGCGUGAUAUCUUGCAUGAAAUGGUCAAAAUAGUAAAGAAGAAGCCAGACUUGAAUGUUAGGGAAAAGAUACUAAUUUUGAUAGAUACAUGGCAAGAAGCUUUUGGAGGAGCAAGAGGAAGAUAUCCCCAAUACUAUGCGGCAUAUAAUGAAUUGAGGUCUGCGGGAGUUGAAUUUCCACCACGAGAAGAGAACAGUGUACCACUCUUUACUCCGCCUCAGACCCAGCCAGUAGUUUCCCCUGUUGCAGUAUAUGAUGAUGCUGCUAUUCAGGCUUCUCUUCAGUCUGAUGCUUCAGGACUUAGCUUGCCAGAGAUUCAAAAUGCUCGAGGAAUUGCAGAUGUGUUGAUGGAAAUGCUUAAUGCCUUGGAUCCUAAGAAUCCUGAGGGUCUGAAGGAAGAAGUGAUUGUUGACCUUGUUGAUCAGUGCCGUUCGUACCAAAAGCGCGUCAUGCUUCUUGUGAAUGAAACUGUCGAUGAGGAACUUCUAUGUCAGGGAUUGGCUUUAAAUGAUAAUCUGCAGCGUGUACUUUCUCGGCACGAUGAUAUUGUGAAAGGAACAGCAACUGGAGUAAGAGCACCAGAAUCUUCAGUUGUGCCACUUGUGAAUGUGAACCAUGAGGAUGAUGAGUCAGAGGAUGAAUUUGCCCAACUAGCUCACAGGUCAUCAAGAGAUAAUUCACAGGGACCAGGCCAGAGAUCAGCCAAUGCCAGGACUGAACCUGUGCGACUAAGCCCACUUCUUCCUCCUCCACCAUCUCCAAAAAGGCCAAUCCCUACAGGUGCUGGCAUGAUUGAUUAUCUCAGUGGUGAUACCUACAAAUCUGAAGGAUCCACUGCAACAUCAGAAUCCACAUCUUUUGCAGCUCCAGUUCAUUCCAGCUCAAAUUCCACCUCUCGAUUGACUCCACCAUCACCCUCACCCCCAUCUUCCCUAAACACGACUCCAUCCCCUAUAUUCUCUGGAAAACCUGUAUAUGAUGAACCGGCUCCUAGAAGCAAAUCCAUUGAUGGGUUGCCUCCAGCUCCUUGGGAUGCUCAGUCCCCAGGCAAUCCUCAGUCUCCUGGAAAUGGCAACUCUCCUGUCAGCCUUCCACCUCCACCUUCCAGGUAUAAUCAGAGACAACAGUUUUUUGAGCAACAAGGCUUUCCAGGCAGUGGAUCCGGUUCAUCUUAUGACAGCUUAGUGGGACAGACUCAGAAUCUCUCUCUUAAUUCGUCUACCCCAACAAAACAAGUAAAACAGGAAGAUGCUCUAUUCAAAGAUCUCGUUGAUUUUGCAAAAGCCAAGUCAUCUUCGUCUUCAAACCCCAAUAGGUCAUUUUGAGUUGUGCCUAGCAGUCAGUCCAGCUUCUGGACAUUGUUCCUCACUCUCACAUACAUCAGAUCACGAGAUUAUUACCUGUUACUAAAUAAAUAUUGGUAGGAACUUUUUGGUUUUGGUUUGUCUUUGCUUUUUAGCUGGUAUGUUUCCGAGAUGACCUGCGCAUUGCAUAUAAUUUAAUAUAUUGAUGCACCUUAUUGUUUGGUUUCUUUGAUCUCAGUUUGUUUCGAACGGUUGGCCAAAUUUUUCUUUCUUUUGUUGUA